AUGGCUAAGACCCCCAGUGACUAUCUCCUGGACUGCCUGGAGGAGCUGGUACCCUAUGAAUUUGAGAAGUUCAAAUUCAAGUUGCAAAAUACCAGCCUGGAGAAGAAGCCUUCUCGUAUUCCCCGGGGCCUGCUCCAGAUGGCCAGGCCAGUGAAGUUGGUCACUCUGCUGGUUAACCACUAUGGGGAGGAGGACGCUGUACAGCUGACCCUGCAGGUGCUGCGGAGUAUCAACCAGCGACUCCUGGCAGAGGAGCUCCACAAGGCCACCACCAACCAGGGUAAGGUGGGGCCCCCGGGCACCUCAUUUCCUUGUAGACCACAGGAAGGAGCCCUGGUUGGUGGUACCUGCAUGCAUGGCUCUUUCAGCUGCUCUGGGGAGCAUGGAACCUCAGGUGGCCACUCACCCAGCUGCCUCCGAUGCCAGGCACUCUUGAAGCAGCAGCAGCUACUGCGCAGCCUCAGCUCUGAGCCCCCACCCCAGUGUGAGCGGCACAUGCAGCAGCCCUGCCUGCUCUUUUGCGAGGACCACAGAGAGCCUGUUUGCCUCAUCUGCAGUCUGAGUCAGGAGCAUCGAGGCCACCAGGUGCGCCCCAUUGAGGAGGCCGCCCUGGAAUACCAGGAACAAAUUCACUGGCAGCUGGAGCAUCUGAAGGAAUUGAGGAAAUCUGGGGAAGAGCAGAAAUUCCAGGGGGGUAAAGAGACAGCCAACUUCCUGAAACAAACGGAAGCCCAGAAGCAGAAGGUCCGGUGUCAGAUGCAGCAACUGUACCGCUUCCUGGAGAAGCAGGAGCAGCUGCUUGUGACCAGACUGGAGGAACUGGGCCAGACCAUCGGCCAGGUUGGGGAGAAGUAUGGUACCCGAGUAUCCCGGGACAUCGCACUUCUUGACGAGCUCAUCGGUGAGCUGGAGGCCAAGCAGUGCCAGCCGGCAUGGGGGCUUGUGCAGGGCAUUGGAGUCACCCUACACAGGGCCAAGACAGUGACUGUCCCGGAGCCAUGGGCCACCCCUUCAGAGGUGAAAGAGAAGAUCCACCUCUUCUCCCAUAAGUCCGAGUUUGUGGAGAAGAGCAUGAAGCGUUUCUCAGAAAGUCUGCGCUCGGAAAUGGAAGCGUUCAUUGCUCCAGAGUUAAUAGCUGCUCAGACCCAUGCAGUUGAUGUGAUUCUGGACGCAAACACUGCCCAUUCCAACCUCAUCAUCUCUGACGAUCUGAAGAGUGUGAGACUUGGGAGCAAGUGUAACCAGUUGCCCCAAGGCUUGGAAAGGUUUGAUAGUUGCAUCCUGGCCCUGGGCUCUCCGGCCUUCGUCUCUGGCCGCCAGUACUGGGAGGUGGAGGUGGGAGACAAGACAGGCUGGGUCCUGGGAGUGUGCACAGCAUCGUCGAGCAGGAAGGGGACUGUGGAUCUGUCACCCAAGAAUGGCUACUGGGUGGUGAUGAUGCUAAUGUGCAAUGAGUACCAGGCCUCCACAUCCCCGCCGACCCGCCUGUGGAUUAAGGAGCCACCGCGGCGGGUGGGCAUCUUCCUGGACCACGAGGCUGGAGGCAUUUCCUUUUACAACGUGACAGCCAAGUCCCAUAUCUACACGUUCAACUGCUGCUCAUCUUUAGAGCCUCUGCAACCUGUCUUCAGCCCCAGUGCGAAUGCUGGGGGGAAGAACAUGGGUCCUUUGACCAUCCGUCCAGUGUGUGUUCAGGGACCCCACUGA